UACGUUUCUUUGUUCUGUAAGAAUAAUGUUAGUUUUAUAGUUUUCUUUGUCACAGAAUUUUAAGAGCGAAUAUUGCAUUUUAUAAGAAGGAGAAGAGGACGGGCACGGAACAGCGUAGAACAGGAGGAGACCGGGGUAGUAGGCACGAGGAAGGUUGUCCGUGAGGAACGAGCGCAGCAUGGCCUGCCCUGAAACACCGGUUAGAACGCUCACCAUUUCCCUUGUCUACCUUCUGGCGCUGUUCGGUCCCUACUGUCAAAUGGCACCAGCCAUGGCUGGGGCUACAAAAGGCUGGGACCUGGGAAGCAAGUUGAAAUAUAAGCUGACAACGACCUUGCUGUUUAGCGAGACGGCACCGUCGAAAUCCAGCGGGGACGUUGGCUUCCGAUUAACCAGCGAGUUGGACUUGAACGUCGUUUGGCAGAACCCGCAAGAUCUGGAUAGCUUCUUGCUUAAAAUCGAGUUGCAGCAACCACAGCUAUGGAUCAAGUCUCGAAGGGCUCCAGAACCGGAUGGGUUCGUCGAGCACUCAUCCAGAGUGAACACGCUCGCAGAGAACCCUCUGCUGGUGCUUUGGCGAAACGGUGAGGUGCAAUCGAUCUUCCUAGACGCGUCGGAGAGCGUCUCUUCAGCGAAUUUGAAACGUGGACUGGCCAGCCUGCUGCAGUACAGGGUGUUCGACAACGAUGUCUCGGAACGAGAUGCUUCCGGUCUCUGCAGCGUCACCUACCACUCCUUGGGCCCGCUAACUGUAGGGAAGACAUCCUGCGAACAGACUACCCUGCCACCAAGGAAGCGACAUCCAAACCCAGUGUUCGGUGUGAAGGUCUCGAGUACUCGUAACUCUACGAUCGAUCUCACGCAGGAGUUUCAUCCUAGUUUGAUUCGCGAGGAGGAGACGCAUAAGAUGGGACUGGUCGCCAGAUCGGAAGUCGGCACUAUCGUCACAUCGAAGAGGACGCUAGAGCUGCUGCCUGGCACGCUCAGCGCGAAGACUGUACAAGCUGAUACCGUGAAACAAGCCAUUGUUGCUGUUCAGCCUGGAUGCAGAGAGACGAGUAUCGAACUACAAUACGAGGCUCCUGCGUGUCCUGAGAUUGGAUGUCCGACGCUCGAGCAAACGAUCGAGGAGUACCGUAACGUCCUGGACAAUGACGCUUUGGGUUCAGGAAAAUCCGCAUCAGCGUUCCUCAAGUUGGUACCUCUAGUCAAAUCAGCCACCCCAGACGAGCUCGUGAGAGUCAUGAAAAGUCCACGAUAUCGUCAAUUGAAAUUACAAUUGCUAGACGUCUUUGGUGCAGCUUCGACUCCAGCAAGCCAUCAAGCAGCCAUGAAAAUCCUCCGACAAGAUGAAAUGGGCGACGAAACUGAAAGGUACCUUUGGGCCCUGUCCCUGUCUUCGACACCGAAUGCAGACAUUGCGAAGAAUAUUCUGAAGCGGUCAGAGGAGACACAUCCAAAUGACAAGGUGGCAGAAACGAUAGCUUUGACCGCAGCAGCGAUGGCACGCCAUCUAGGCUCUCCAGCUGUCAUCGAACAGGCAAGAGUCAGCUUAGAAAUUGGCCUCGACAGUUGCACUGGAGAAGAGUGCAAACUGAAGUUCCUCAGGGCUUUAAGAAACUUAAGAAGCGAAGCUGCCAUCCCAACUCUCUUAAAAUUCGCAACUGGUGAGGACAAAGCUCUCAGUGUCUCAGCUUGGAAGGCACUGGCAGCUUUACCCAAACAUACAGUAACCCCAGAGGUGAAGGCAGCAGCCAAGCGAGUUUUCUAUCAAGUAGGUGGGCCUAAGAGAGACAGCAGUGCUAGAACUCUAGCCCUGGACAUAAUUCUAGAAACGAGUCCGUCAAAGGACGAUGUUAGAUACCUGGUGGAGUACUUAGCAGACACUGAUCCUGCUUUUGAGAUUCGAAAGUACCUCAGUCAACGCUUGGAGCAGCUCUCAGAGAAGGAUCCUCGAUUAGCCAAAGACUUAAAUGAGAUUCUGAGCACGAGUAGAAGAAACGUCGCCAAUUACAACCUGUUCUCGCAGAUAGGUCUCAGCACAGCUUUCACGAGGAGCUUUUUGAGGUCACUGAACAGCAAUGGAUCAUUGGUAACAGUUCAGGAGAUUUACUCAGGCUUAAUGAAGCGUGGCAUAGUCGACGUAGUCUUCCAAGUCGAGGAUCACGAGGAGGCCCUGUUCUCUCUUGGUCUAUUCGCUAGGGGUCUGUCGAGUUUUGUUUCGUCGAACAACGAAGAGGAGAAGAUCGUGGACGACGAACCAGCCACUGCAGGAAUGGAGCUAGACUUUCUCGGCGUUGGUAUCAGACCAUUCGUCUUUUUCUCUAGCCAAGGGGAACUUAUGGGUCACCUCUGGUCCGGAACAGCGUCUCAGCGGACCCCAGCCUUUCAGGCCAUCACCACUAUCCACAAUCACAACGAAUACAUUCCACUUACCUCUGGUAUCGUAGCCGAAGUCGACGUUCAGGGUGCAGUUAGCUUCGAUUUGGCUGGGCAGAUUCAGAUGAGCUUAUGGUACAGGAACGCCGAAUCCCUGGUGGAUCUGAAGGCUGGGAUAGUGAUUCAAGGAGGCACAAAGGUGCGUACCGACUUCGUGCAGAGCAUGGCGGAGUUCUCGAUGACGAUGGAACCUAAGUUGGAGUUGGCCACCAACGUGAACUUCUCUGGACCCGUGUCUUUGUGUUUGAGACUCAGCCAACCGGAGAACACGGUUAGGUAUCAGAUGUAUAAGGUGGAAAUAGUGGCAGGAAGUAGGCACAAGCUGAGGAAAACCAGGAGGGUGAAGCUACAUAGUCCUGGCAAGUCGUAUAUGUUAAACAGGAAGAACAACGAGAUGUGCUCUAUGGUGUUCAGUUAAUCAUUGGUAAACGUUUGUUCACGUUUGUCGUGGGAUUUGAUAAAGUUCACGAGGACUGGUAUCGCGGUUGUUUUCUUCUCCUUUUACGUGCAUCUCGUGUGAUAUGUCGAGAAGAGGGAAUAAUGAGUGUAACGUGAAACGAGGAUGAAUAUUUUUCUAUUGUGUACUUGCUGCAUUUAUAGACGUAAGGAGUUUUAUAUCAACUAUAGUCGCUCGAAGACAUUCCACAUCUGUCGAUAGGUUCGUUUGUUUUAAAAUUUAAUUUUGGCUAUUUUACGGUUGUAUAAUGACCCUUUAUAAUCAAUCUUUCGUAAAGAAUUAUUUUGCCCAGCUUUAUGCGUCUAAUAUCGGAUCUCGAGUAAGGAAUGU